AAGUUUCCUGCCCCGCAUACACGGAAGGUUUGGAGUGGCGAAGACGAACGGAGAGAGAGAGAGAGAGAGAGAGAGAGAGGGAGAGAUCUUCAGUCUGCAGUGACCGAAUUCAGCCGUGCUUCACAAAGCAUCCACUCGACUAGAACGGUAAUAAGAUCUGGGAUCCUAAGUAAUGGCCACAUUUCGCUUUGGGCAACACAUCAUCAAAGCAUCUGCGGUUUUUCUUCAGACGGAGCUGUCCUUCGCUUUGGUCAAUCGAAAACCCGUGGUUCCUGGCCAUGUUUUAGUAUGCCCUCUGCGUCAGGUCGAGCGAUUUCGUGACCUCCGUCCGGAUGAAGUGGCUGAUCUGUUCAAAACCACACAGAUGGUUGCGGAUGUUGUGGAGAAACACUUUCAGGGCACCUCACUGACCAUCUCUAUCCAGGAUGGCCCCGAAGCUGGACAAACUGUGAAGCACGUUCAUGUCCAUGUACUCCCCAGGAGGGCUGGAGACUUCCAAAGAAAUGACAGUAUCUACGAUGAGCUUCAGAAACACGACAAGGAGGAUGAAGAUAAUCCUGCCAAAUGGAGAACAGAAGAGGAAAUGGGCAGAGAGGCUGCAGAUUUGAGAAAACUCUUCAGCUAACUUCAAUGGGUGCUAUCCAUACUCAGGAAAAUCUGUUCGACCAAGAUGGGUUUUGUUUGUAGGGGGUUUGUUGCAUUUCAUGUAUCAGGCAUGAUUUGAGA